AUGGAUAUUGCCUCUGCUACAGUGACCGAUGGACAUGGCUUCACUAACACGUCAAUCGCGAUGGAGUUGAAAUGGGUGGCCGACCCCAAACAUCUGGCAGAUCGAGUCGGGCGUCUCCUGCGUACAGGCGAUUUGGCACAAGCUGCCGCUCUGACUCGAGAGGCACAGCGCAGGCAAAUGAGGUCCGACGGAGCGUGGAACCACUUAAUGCGAUAUGCCAUGGAUAAGGGCUACCCGGAGGCUGCGUUCAAGUUCUACAAUGAUAUGAAAAAGCGAGGCCAAAUGCCAACUGCCAAAACGUAUACUGUCAUGCUCCAGGGCUUCGCCAACCAACCACAGUCUCGUCUCCUUGUCAAAAAGGCCGAAUCUGUAUAUCGAUCGAUCUUCUCGAAACAGUCACAAGUCAAACCAAACAUCAUUCAUUCAAAUGCUAUGCUUGGAGUCUGCCAGCGUCAUGGCGACAUGGACUCUCUCUGGCGAAUUGCUGGAGAAAUGCCCGACGAAGGGGACGGAAGGCCGGAUGAGAGAACAUAUAGUAUAAUUUUGGCCGCCCUCCAGCACGCUGCCCGCAAUGAUGUUCAAAAGAUGGAUGCCAGUCAGAUCGACCAAAUCAUUGCUCGCCAAGAAAAAAUGGUCAUUGAAGGCAAGAGAAUAUGGGCUGAUGUUGUUUAUCAGUGGAAAGAGAAUGGCCUGGACUUCAAUAACCAGCUUGUGAAUUCGAUGGCCUAUCUCCUUCUUGAUGGUGUUCACGACAGCGAUUUCUACGAUAUAUUCGCCCUGUACAACCAAACCAUGGGAAUUCCUAUUCUUGUGAAGAAACCGACAGCAAACAUCAAUGCCUCUCGCCGACGAGCUGAAUUCAAACUUACGACUGAACACCGAGCCCAACUUCAAAUUUCGAAAAUGGACGGGGCAGUAAAGCCAGCCGAGGAUGUCCCAUUCGUCGACGAAAACAAUAGACCCAUAAAUUCAAAUGCCGAGAACAAUAGGACCGAGGAAGAGACAUUGAUGGAGGAGGAAGAGAUGGAACGGGAGGAUGACUUUGAGUCGCUCUUCGAGCCUGUCGUUACCAAGUCUGUCGCUACCGAGCCUAUUGCCGCCGAAGCCGGGGAACAACAACUUCCAAAGCCUGACAACAAGGAUCUCACCAUGAUCCUGACAGCCUGUUUCAAUAUGACUCAAGGAUCUGGCCAGGGCCCCGAUUAUUGGGAUUUGUUGACCAAGGGGCCAGAUACGCUCCGCGUCCAGCCCGACGAAGUCUCCUCCAUGGUUUAUAUGCGUCUCCUUCGUCAAACACGAUCUAGCAAGAUUGCCGUGCAAACAAUCCGUGAGCAAUUGCUUCCCGUACGUCUUGCAAAUGGCAAUGCGUUCCACGUUGCGCUCGCGACUUGCCGUCGCGACCGCCGUAACAAACACAUUCUCGUCCUAAUGAGCGAGCUUUUGGACAUGAUGCGCAAAGCCUGGAUUCUUCCUGACCCCCGAGUCCUCGAAGGGUAUCAGAAUUUCAUCGAGACGUUGUGUGAUGAUCCACAAGUCCUCAUGAACAUGGACGGUCUGGGAAAAAUUUCCAAACAUUCCACCUUGCAAUCAUUGGGCAAGCAACUAGUGACCAAUCUGCGUCUCAAAUCUCUGGCCACAUUGCGCCCCCAUGUGAUCCAGAUUCACGAGGCUAUACAGUCAGGCAAGGUCGGCCCAAAGACCCGCUGGGAAGAUCUCAAAGAGAACAGAUACGGAAGACCUCAAAUGAACGGCCAUAUUUGUCUUGGUAUUAUGAAUGAAGCUCGCAGAGUGAUUGGCGAGACAUUGAAGCCUGAAUUCUCGAAAUUCGUCUCCAAGGCCGAGCAGAAGAUUCUUCUUGCGGACUCGAAAAUGCUAAAGCCCUACUCUGACUCUGCUACCAUCAAGGCUAUACAGAAUAAAACGAUAUACCCGACUCGGGAGCAGCGAGUUGCUUUUGAUGAGAUGCAGAUGGAGUUUUUGGAGCUUGGUAUGGGAUGGAUACAUAAGAAGAAGAAGAAGAAGCAGCAGGAAAAGGUAAAUGAGCUUUUGAAGCCUCCGCAGCUUGAAGCUGAAGUCGCACCUGAGGCCAAGCCUGAAGUCGAGACAAAGCCUGAGGCCGAGACCAAGCCUGAGGCCGAGACCAAGCCUGAAGUCGAGACCAAGCUUGAAGCCGAGACCAAGCUUGAAGCCGAGACCAAGCCUGAAGCCGAGACAAAGCCUGAGGCCGAGACCAAGCCUGAGGCCGAGACCAAGGCUUGA